AUGUCUAAUAUUCGGCGAGAAUUAAUUUAUGCAGUGCUUAGUAGAGCAUUUACAUCAAUUGACACUAAUGACUUUCAUAAAUACCGUGAGUCUGUGAAACAAAUAAUUCUUGCUGAUGAUUCUUUUACAGAAGAAGAAAAAACUGAAGCAAUAAGAGAAAAUAAUAAAAAUUAUGACGCAGAUAAAAUUUAUUAUAAUUCAGGAACAAGAAGAAUUUGUGAAAAUUGUAAUCAAAAAUGUUUAGCUAUAUUAUAUUGUGAAUAUUGUGUUCGAAAUUAUUUAAAAGCAAACUUCUCAAACUGGACAUCUGGAAAUAAUAAUAUUGAUAAUUUAAUAAAAAAUUGUCAAUUAGAAACACUUGGACCAAAUGCAAUAAUUGAAUGGAUCCCAUAUAAUAAUUUAGAAAACAUUGAAUAUCUAACAAAAGGUGGAUUCUCUAAGAUUUAUACAGCAGAUUGGAUUGAUGGACAAUAUGAAGAAUGGGAUAUUAAAAAACAACAAUUAAUAAGAUUUGGAGCUCAAUAUGUAAUACUUAAAGAAUUAGGAAAUGUUGAAAAUGCAAGUCAAAGUUGGUUUGAAGAGGCCAAAUCGCAUUUUAUUAUAAGCAACAAACACGCAAUAAUUGUUGAAUGUUAUGGUAUAACACAAAAUCCAUCAAAUGGAAAUUAUUUGCUUGUAAUGAAUGAAUAUGACAUGAAUUUAAGAGAAUAUUUACCACAAAAUCAUAAUCAACUUACAUGGAACGAAAGAAUUAAUAUUAUUUUUUUGAUAAUUAAUGCACUUUAUUAUAUUCAUAAAGAGGAUUCAAUUCAUAGAGAUUUGCAUUCUGGAAAUAUAUUAUAUUCCCAGUCACAUAAUAAUUGGCGUAUUAGUGAUCUUGGAUUUU